CAGCUUACGCAUGAAUCAAAAAUUAUCUGUAUGGUACAGUAAUGAAUAUCAGCUUCUAUACUCCGUACCUUACUCCUUAGGAUUUGCUCCUUUUCAGAAGUCUAUCAAUUGGAUAAUCCGCGGACUGCACCCGAAGAUUCUUUUGGACAGUUAAUCCGCCGACUGGCACCGUCGCCUCCGUUCUUCGGCGGUCGAUAGAGGGGUUGAUCCACACCCUUAAGGCCUCGUCCUUCAACUUUUCUGUCGGCUCUCUUUUGAUCCAUUGCAUCAGACUAGAAAGCCUUCUUUAGACUCCUCUUUCAAAUUUUAAAAUGGCAAACCCGCCUCAUGGAGGGAUCCUGAAGGAUCUCCUUGCGCGCGAUGCCCCUCGUCGAGAGCAGCUGGCUGCUGAGGCGGAGGGGUUGCCUGCUAUCGUUCUGACCGAGCGCCAGUUGUGUGAUUUGGAGCUGAUCCUGAAUGGUGGCUUCUCUCCUCUCGAAGGUUUCCUGAAUGAGAAAGACUAUAAUGGCGUUGUCACAGACUCGCGUCUCGCGGACGGCAACCUCUUCAGCAUGCCUAUCAACUUGGACAUCUCAAGGGAGACGAUUGAAGAGCUGGGCGUGAAGCCUGGUGCAAGAAUCACCCUCCGCGACUUCCGUGAUGACAGUAAUCUGGCCAUUAUUACUGUAGACGAUGUUUACAGGCCCGACAAGAACAAGGAAGCUCAACACGUCUUUGGUGGGGAUGAAGAUCACCCGGCGAUCAAGUAUCUUUACAACACAGUAAAGGAGUUCUAUGUUGGAGGCAAACUGGACGCCAUCAACCGUCUGGAUCACUACGAUUAUGUGGCUCUUCGCUAUACCCCCGCAGAGUUGCGUGCUCACUUCGAGAAGCUUGGAUGGACCAGGGUUGUGGCUUUCCAGACGAGGAACCCAAUGCACCGUGCCCACCGUGAAUUGACCGUCCGCGCUGCACGAGCUCGACAGGCUAAUGUCUUGAUCCAUCCUGUUGUUGGUCUUACUAAGCCAGGUGAUAUCGACCACUUCACUCGCGUCCGGGUCUAUCAGGCUUUGCUGCCUCGGUAUCCCAAUGGAAUGGCCGUUCUCGGUCUUUUGCCUCUUGCCAUGCGUAUGGGCGGCCCAAGGGAAGCCAUUUGGCACGCCAUUAUUCGUAAGAAUCAUGGUGCCACUCAUUUCAUUGUUGGCCGUGACCACGCUGGUCCAGGCAAAAAUUCGAAAGGCGAGGAGUUCUACGGCCCGUAUGAUGCACAGUACGCCGUCGAGAAAUACAAGGAUGAGCUUGGAAUUGAAGUUGUCCCCUUCCAGAUGAUGACCUAUCUUCCUGAUAGUGAUGAGUACCGUCCUAAGGAUGAGGUCCCUACCGGCACGCGCACUUUGGAUAUUAGUGGAACGGAGCUGCGCAAUCGGCUCCGCACGGGCCGUGAGAUCCCGGAGUGGUUCUCCUACCCCGAAGUAGUUAAGGUGCUUCGUGAAUCACACCCUCCCAGAUUCCAGCAGGGCUUUACGGUCUUCCUUACGGGUUACCAGAACAGUGGCAAGGAUGCUAUUGCUCGCGCUCUGCAGGUCACCCUGAACCAACAGGGCGGAAGAGCUGUCUCAUUGCUCUUAGGAGAAACUGUCCGCCAUGAAUUGUCGUCCGAGCUUGGCUUUACCCGCCAAGAUCGUCACACGAACAUUCAGCGUAUCGCUUUCGUCGCCGGUGAGCUUACCAAGGCUGGUGGAGCCGUUAUUGCUGCCCCCAUCGCCCCGUAUGAGGCCAGCCGGCAGCAAGCCCGUGAAACUGUCAGCCAGUUUGGCAGCUUCUACCUCGUGCACGUUGCUACCUCUCUCGAGCAUGCUGAACGGACUGACAAGAGAGGUGUCUAUGCUAAGGCUAGACGAGGAGAGAUCAAGGGUUUCACUGGUGUGGAUGACCCGUACGAGGCCCCGACCAAAGCUGACCUUGUCGUUGACAUCGAAAAGCACAAUGUCCGGAGCAUUGUUCACCAGAUUAUUCUAAUGUUGGAGAGCGAGGGACUGUUGGAUAAAUUCUAGAUUACAUUUUGCCUAUGAAGCUUCUAAAAAGUGCGGUUACGAAUAUUGUAUGAUAGC